GUUCUUGAGUUUGUAGUGUUAAGAUGUUUCGGUUUUAAAAAACGAUAUUUUAUAAUGGAUUCCAGCCAUGACACUUUUAUAAAUAUUACACACAAUUUAUAAAUAUUACAUGAUCAUACGUCCUCAGUUAUUAAGCUGUGAUUAAUUUUGCUGAAAAUAUUGCUGCCAAUAACAGUUGAAAGGUGUAUACAUUUCGACCUAACUAUUCGCAGCAUACUUAUUUACUUUUCAUAUCACUUUCAUGGACCACAUAAAUCAUAGGUAUACUAAAACUCAAAUAUUCACAUUAAGCUAUAUCUUAACAAAUUCUAAAAAUUAAUUUUAGUCAGAAAUUAAGCAUAGAGUUAAAGACAUAUUCUGCUAAAUAAUAAAAAAAAAUAAAUUUUAAAAAAUCAAAAGAAAAAAUCAUGAAAUCGUCAACUUACGAUAUAGUGUCACGUUUAUUAGCGGAAUUUGUGGGUACUACUAUUCUAGUAUUCCUAGGCUGUUUGGGUUGUGCCGGAAAUGAAAACAGUUUAUUUAAAAUUGCCUUAAAUAUCGGUUUUACCGUUAUGCUUAUAGUCCAAAGUUUGGGUUGUGUAUCGGGUGCUCAUUUAAGUCCAGCCAUUACAUUGGCUGCUUAUGUUAUGAAUCUAAUUAGUCCGCUUUUGUCCGUCCGCUAUGUUUGUGCUCAAUUGUUGGGUUGCUAUACGGGUUAUGCCCUUCUUAUGUUUCUAAUUCCAAGCUCUUUUCUUCCCACUGGACAGAACAAUGAUGGUUUCUGUCUAACAUUGCCACAUCCGGAAUUGGGUUAUAUGCAGGCUGUUGCUAUUGAAUUUAUUAUCACCGCUACUUUGGUAUUCUUUGCCUGCAGUUUUUGGGAUCCCAGAAAUGCCGAAUAUGGUAAAACUAUACCAAUCAAAUUCGGUUUCGCCAUUAUUUGUUUGGCUUGUACUGCUGGCAAUUUUACUGGCGCUAGCAUGAAUCCGGCUCGUUCUUUGGCCCCAGCUUUGUGGAAUAACAAUUUCAAAUAUCAGGGAGUUUAUUGGAUUGGUCCUUUAGGUGCUGCUGUUGUCAGUUCAUAUUUAUAUAAGCUGGUAUUUUGGCGUGAUGUACAAGAAUAGUUUUUAAAUAUUUAAGCAAAAAACAAUGAUUUUUGAAAAUUAAAGUUUAUAUAGAUAGAAAAAAAUUAAUUACAUUUAUAAUAUUCAUAUUUAUUGUUAAUCAUAUCAGUCGAUUAACUCCAAAGUAAAAUAUUCUAAAAUUUUUGUAAAGAAUACUAAUAAUGAUAAAUAUUAAAUCUUAAAGAGUAAACCUAAAA